AUGUUCAUAGAUGAGCGGAUUGUAACUCUAUUCAAGCGAAAUGCCCAUCACACGCUGACUUACUGGAGCGUUUUCUUCAGCUUUGGACUCUGCAUUGCUUUUCUUGGACCUACAAUUUUGGACUUGCAAUGUCAAACAAACUCAACACUUAGUCAGAUUACCUGGGUGUUCUUUGCUCAGCAGUUCUGCUUAUUGAUUGGCAGUUCUAUUGGUGGGAUUUUCAAGAGAACGUUAUUCAGUGCUCUAGCUGCACUAUUUGUCUCAGCUCUUCUCAUCUCUGUAAUAUUCGCCAUCAUCCCUGUAUGCAAUAAUGUCCUUGUACUGGCUAUUGCCAUGGCUGUUUCUGGUUUUGCAAUGGGUAUUAUCGACACCAUUGCAAACAUUCAACUGGUGACCAUCUAUCAAAGGGAUUCAGCUAUUUUCUUACAGGCUCUGCACUUCUUCAUUGGGUUCGGUGCCCUGGUGAGCCCACUGAUUGCAGAUCCUUUCCUCUCCGAAACAGGCUGUGGGAAUCAUACGGGGAAUGAGACCGAGAUCAUGCAUCAUUUCAGGAGCAUGCUGAGACACAGUCCGAUUAUGGAGCACAACACAACUCAGAGCCACCUGCCACAUGAUGGAGGGGAGAAAGAGGAGCCCAUUGUGCAGUACGCUUUCUGGAUCAUGGCACUUAUUAAUCUUCCUGUGCCCAUUGCUGUGCUAUAUCUCAUGUAUCGGGAGAAGUUACUCCCUUGCUGCCCUGGCAGCACUCCACGUCUUUUAGACAAGGAUGAACUAGCAAUGGAGACCCAGCAGGGGGCUGGGGGCCCGGACCUGGAGCAGAAGGAACAUGAAGCCGGAGGUCAUGGGAGUAUCUUCAGCUGCUGUCAGAAUGAUAACUUGCGAGGAUUGCCAGUAUCCUUCUUUAUGAUUCAUAUCCUUGGAGGGAUGGUGCUCUUUAUGACCGAUGGCAUUGUGGGAGCAUAUGCCGGCUUUGUGUAUACCUACGCAGUGGCUCCACCGAUGUCAUUGCCGAACAAGACAGCCGGUUACCUGGCUAGUAUUUUUUGGGCCGCAAUCACUGCUGGACGACUCUUGUCCAUUCCUCUUUCAUAUCGUUUCCAACCAGUGAGACUACUGAUGUUCAACCUGGCAGGAGCUAUUGUUACAGUGUUGAUGUUGCUCAUUUUCUACACCAGCAGCAUCUUUCUCUUUGUUGGAACCUGUUUAUGUGGACUUUUCCUGAGCAGUAUAUUCCCCUGUAUGCUUGCCUACACUGAAGAUAUUCUUGAUUACCAGGGAUGUGCCACCUCAGUCCUGGUGACAAGUGCAGGGAUGGGAGAGAUGGUGAUGCAGGUUCUAGUUGGUUCUAUCAUACAAACUGCGGGGAGCUACAGCUUUUUGCUGUGUGGAAUGAUAAUCGCCUGCAUCGGUUUUAUCCUCUUCAUUGGUCUCCUGCUGUUUCAUCGAAUGCACAGAAAUUACCUUACAGGAACAUCAAAGAAGUCAGCAAUGGUAGAGGAGCCAGCAGCAGAUCAGAAUGGGUCGGCCAAAACAGAGCAAACAGUGCACGAUAACACAAUCACCAUUUCAUAGUUCAGCUUUUUGAAAUGUUCCUUUGUUUUUUAUAUUAUUUUUUAGUCUUUGAAUCACAGGAGUGUCUACCUUUUUAACUUGACUGUUAUGAAUGCAAUAAAUAAUCAACGCUCAAAAGGAUGGCCUGAGAUUUUUAAAGUGGCGCUGUAUUAAAAUGUUAUAACCAGUUAAUUUCUUACCCAUACUGUACGUCUUCCUUCUCACUAUAUUUAUUGUUUAAGAGCUCAGGGGCUAAAGUAGAGGGUUAGCCCAAAAAAGGCCAAGAAAAUUGUGGGCUUUGAUGUUAAAAAAAAAAGUCUAGUCUUCAAAACAUCACCGCUGUUUAUAACUGCAAGCACCUUUGUUUUUAGACCCUAUCAGUUCUAGCUUCUAGGAAUCUGGAUUUAUAUAAAAUGAAAACACAACAGGAAAUAUAUACUGGAGGUAAGAAAUAACCUUAUUAUAAUCUUUUAACAAAACCUCCCUUCCAAAAUCCUAGAUGAUCUCUUUUAAAACCUUUUUGUUUUGCUGUAGAUUUUGUCAUGCAUGGAUUUCCGCACUAUGAAAUAUUUCUAUUAUCUUUGUUGAUACCAAUAAUACAAAGUUAUUGUAAUGAAGGUGAAAAGUAAAACUAUUUUUUUUUGUUUAAAUAUUAACUAUUUUCAGAUGAAGCUUUUGUCUAUUUCUAAAAGAGGAAUUGCAUGAUCUGUUAUUUUUUAUUGCUAAACUGGGUAACCCAGCAUUGGUUGACAAUGAAACUAUGACUUCAGCCAAAAAAAAACAGAUAAUAAAAUUAUGCUAACUUCUACUUAUAUGUAUAAAAGAAUCACAAAUUGAUUCAGUUAUACAUAUAUUUCAGGGAGUACAUGAAAUAAGGUAGCAACACAGCAGCAGUGACGGGCUUAAGUUUUCAACUGCCUGGUGUUGUGUAACAAUAGGACGGUUUGGAUACAAGCAACUAUUACAAGUGCAGAUGAUUAAAAGGUGUCUUUCUAAGGACUUCCAGGAGACUGUAUCUCAUCAUUGCCUUGCAGCAUUAACUCCUCCUGGAUGAGCAUGUGGUAACUUGCUGAAGACAGUCACUUGUGUCCCUGACUUUGCAGCAAUCUCAUACCAAGCCUGUGUGUGGUAAAAGUCGAAAGGAAAAUUUCCCUCUAACAGAAAGAAUCCUUCAACAGAACCACGCACAGUGUCAACCGCCUUCUUCCGAGACCAAGUGGGGGAUUCUUUUAUUGUGCAGACAUGCAAAAAGAAUAGAGAAGCAUUAAUCCUGUUAUGCUUUCUAUGAGAGAUAAAGGUAAACGGUACUGACUUCUUCAACCAUAAAAACACAGCAGUGCAGAUGAGCUCUGAGCCAGAAUCAAGAUCUAGAAGAUAGAUAAGAUAGAAAGAAAGUACAAAGACUAAGUUAUAAUAAAGGCUUAGCCAAUAACUAUGUCCAUGAGUGAGAAAAGAUUAAGAGAUAGGACCAAUUAUAUCACCUAAAGAAGUAAAGCCAGGACAUGUUAAUGUGCUUUAUUUUUUCGCUCUUUUAUCCAUACAAAUCCUUCUCACCUGUGCUGCCCCUUGUUUAUCUAAUGUAAACUUUGGAAAGUUGCUUUGGCUUUUUAGAUCGCACUCAAUAAUUAUGUAAAAUAACUUGUCAACCCGGGUCUGAUGUUCCAACAGCAUGUCGUUCUAAAGUCUUGAAACAACAUGAUUGUAAAGACUUAUAACUUACUUUUGACUUUAUGUUAGAAGAAGAAUUUUUUUAACUAAAAAUGGCAAAAGAUUAUCUUUUUAAUUUUCGUCUGAACUCUGGCUGCAGUGUUUUGAAUAUAACAAAGGUGUUGGGAUUCCUAAAUAAAAAGAAUUACUA